GCUAGAGAGAGAGAGAGAGAGAGAGAGAGAAAGAUAGCGGUGGAUUAUAGUGAGAGAAACCGAAGAUUUUCUCGGGAAAAUAUAGGAUUUUUGGUGGGAGAUUUUCUUUAGACUGGGGAAAAACUUGACAGAUAUAGGGAUUUAGGAAAGUUGGGGAGAGAGAGAGAGAGAGAGAGAGAGAGAGAGAGAGAGAGAUUGUUUAGAUCCCCCUGAGAGAGAAUUUGGAGUGGCAAAAUUCCAGAUUAAAAGAGAGAGAAAGUGGAGUGGUAGAGAGAGAGAGAGAGAGAGAGAGAGAGAGAGAGAGAGAGAAAGGAAGAUGAAGAUACAGUGCAACGUGUGCGAGGUGGCGGAGGCCAACGUUCUAUGCUGUGCGGACGAAGCGGCGCUUUGCUGGGCUUGCGACGAGAAGGUUCACGCCGCCAACAAGCUCGCCAGCAAACACCAGAGGGUUCCUUUGGCGAGCUCUUCUUCUCAUAUGCCUAAAUGUGAUAUCUGCCAGGAAAUGGUUGGCUAUUUCUUCUGUCUAGAGGAUCGAGCUUUACUUUGCCGAAAAUGUGAUGUUGCCAUACAUACUGCUAAUUCCUUUGUGGCUGGUCAUCAAAGGUUCCUGCUAACGGGUGUGAAAGUUGGUCUUGAGCCUACUGAACCUGGUGGGUCCUCUUGUUCUGGCAAGUCACUCUCUGGGGAAAAAAGGUCAGAAACUAAAUCUCGUCCUGUGUCUAAAAGGGAGAACCUAAUGCCAUUGGCUGGUGAGCACAACAAUGUAUUACCAGUCCAUGAUGGUGGAGUUCAAGACUUUGUAGGACCAAAUGUGGCAUUCAGUGGGGGUUCUUUGGAUGGAGGCAUUCCACAAUGGCACAUGGAUGACUUUAUUGGAUUAACUGAAUUUAAUCAGAAUUAUGAGUACAUGGGUAAUGGAUCAUCCAAGACUGAUAAUGGUAAGCUUGGGGAUUGUGAUUCGUCAAUUUCAAAAGCAGCUGAGGAAGAGCUUGAUGAUGAUGAGUGCCUAGGUCAGGUACCAGAGGCGACCUGGACAGUGCCACAGAUACCUUCACCACCUACAGCCUCGGGUUUAUACUGGCCAAAAAGUUCUUAUAGUUCAUUUGAUUGUCCAGUGUCUGUUCCUGACAUAUGUUACUCCCCCAUGGAAAACGUGCCCGCUUGUCAAACUAAUACUUUUGUCUCGAAACGGCGAAGGCAAUUCUAAUCCCUGCAUAAUUUGCCAUUCUUAAGUUGGGUUCUUGGAGAUUUACAGCAACUCGUUUAUGUACCUGUGGUUAUAGCCUCCUAUGUGUUAUUCACUUCACAGAUCACACCAAAUCAUCAGAUCAAAAUAAGUGGUGCGUCCGUGCAAGCAAUGUGCAUGGGAUCCUACAUGAUAAUUUUUGUCUUUUUCACACUUUGCCAUACAAGGCUUGUUUUUAUCAAUACAAGGUUUGUUGUUAGAGUAGAAAACAAAUUGAAGUAUGUUCUGUUAAUGUAUAUAGGAUAUAUACAUUGACAUACUUAAGUAGGUUUAUAAUUGGAUGGACACCUGGAAAUAGGGUUAAAUUUGUAGUGGUUUUUCUAGUGUUGUUAACCAUACAUUCUUCGUUGGCUGCCCUAAUUCCUUUGUAUUGGUUUUAAGGGUUUCAAUUCUGUUGAGGUUGGACUUCAA